AUAUUCCUCAUCCAGGACAAUGCAGCACUAUCGGAGCUAACAGAAGAAACCUUCCAGAGUCUUACAAUCCAAGUAAUACAGAUUCAAAGGAGUGCAGUAAAGAAAAUCCACCUAUCAGCCUCAUCACCUUUGCGACAUCAGCUGGAGGGUUUGGAAAUUUCUCACAGUCGGCUGGAAGAUUUUCCCUUUCAUAAACUUCGUGAAUUUCACCGCUUGAGAGAACUCUGGCUCAACAACAAUUUGUUGACCUCUAUACCAGCAAUCGAGAGCGACAGCCUGGAAAACCUCAUUCUUCAAAACAAUAACAUCACGAGUGUGGAGUUCGAUGGACGGACGACUCCUAGAUUGAGAAGAAUCUACGUCAUGAACAAUAUGUUGAUGUCCAUCCCGCCCUUCAAGAGCGACAGCCUAGAAUUACUAGGUCUUGAAAACAAUCAGAUCACGAAUAUAGAGUUCGACCGAUGGGAGACACCCAGAUUGAAAGAAAUAUGGCUCGCAAAUAAUUUGUUGACCCUUUUACCGGCUUUCAAGAGCGAGAGUCUAGAAAAACUCAAUUUUCAAAGCAAUCAGAUAACGAGUAUAGAGUUCGACCGAUGGGAGACACCCACAUUGAAAGAACUAUGGCUCGGAGAGAAUUUGUUGGCCUCUGUCCCAGUCUUCAAGAGCGACAGUUUAGAAACUCUCGGUCUUCAUGAGAAUAAGAUCACGAGCAUAGAGUUCGAUGGACGGACGACUCCCAAAUUGAGACAACUCCAACUCGACAAAAAUUCAUUGGUCUCCAUCCCGACCUUCAAGAGCGACAGCCUCGAAAUACUACGUCUUGCCACCAAUAACAUCACGAAUAUGGAGUCCGAUGGAUGGGAAACACCCAAUUUGAGGGUAUUCGACAUUGGUUUCAAUCCCUUAGUCCAGUUUCCAUCUGCCAUAGUCAAUGGCUUGAAGAAACUGGAGAAGUUUUGGUGCCAUGGAAUCAUGCUUGGUCCAACUCUUCCAAGCGGUUUCCUGCAAUUCCAGAGCAACACCUUGAAAAUGGUAGCCUUCGAGGUCAACAACAUCUCCAGACUGGAGCCAGGAGCCAUCACAGGGACCUUGAUUCUUUCACAUGUGGACAACUGUCGAAAUGGAGAACUGUGCUGCCAGCCAUACAUCCAAAACACCACUACAAUGGCAUCAUCAUCAGUACCAGAUUUCUACUUUGUAUGCGGGAGAAAGAAUUAUCAAGUGACAUUGUCCAAAGGAGGAAAGCCAUCACAGAUAGGAGAAUGGCCAUGGCAGGUAGCCAUUCAUGACGCUUAUGAAAAGGAUAUCGUUUGUGGAGGGGCCCUCAUUCGAGAGCAAUGGGUACUCACAGCGGCCCACUGUGUCACUAUUCAGGGUACUGAUAGACCUCGGACCCAGGAAGACCUAUUGGUUUACCUUGGGAAACAGCAUCGAGCUAAUGUUGAAGACGAUGAAUACGUGCAGAUCAGACAGGUGUCUCACAUAUUCCACCAUAAGGAUUACAGCAUACAAAACUAUGACUCAGAUAUUGCUCUACUGAAAUUAACCACGCCUUCCGUGCUGACUGAGCGAGUGCAGUUGAUAUGUCUCCCGACAAAAAUUGAUAUUUCUGACGAAAAUCUCCAGGAUGGAACACUAGGAUGGGUUGCCGGUUGGGGCUAUGACGGUUCGGAUCUUCUUACGGCUGUCCUGACAGAUGUUCAGCUCCCGGUGAUAUCCAAUCGCUUGUGUCGUCGGGACACUACAUCCUUCACUGGGGACAUCAGCGCCACUCGUACCCUCACCUCAAACAUGUUUUGCGCUGGACAUUCUAAAAACACUUCUCUUGAAGGACAUAUCGAGAAUGAUGAUAAGCCUUACCAUACAGAUUAUCAAACGGUGUGUCCUGGGGACUCGGGAAGUCCCAUGGUCUUCCUCUCCAAUACCUCACUGGACAGUUUCUGGACGGUGGAAGGAAUCGUGAGUCACUUUUUCCAGAAAGAGACUUGUUCUCUGAGGCGACCUGGACAGUAUGGAGUUUUCACC